AUGGCAGGUGGAAAGCCCGAUGUGACCGAGGUGGGCGCGAUUGAUGUGCCGCCAGCUCCGAAACCUAGUUUCAAGUCCCGCGUCGCCGCUCAUUAUAAGCGCUGGUGGUGGGCGCAUGUCAUCGCUUUAAUCGUGGUCGUGCUGGUGGUCGUCCUUCCAGUGGUCUAUGUCGGUUACCCGAACAUCGCCCAGGGCGACAUCGAUGACUCGACUCUGGAAAUCACGUCAAUGGUCAUCAGUGACCCCUCUCCCGACUCCUUCCAAUUGAACCAGACACAGGUGCUCGGCAGCGACAGCCACUUCCAUCCCAAAAUCUAUGCUUUCGACGCCGACGUUAGUCUCUCGGGAACCGCCCCGUUCGCAAAGGUCCGAGUGCCCGAAGUCAAGGCCAAUGACGGGACCAUCAUCCCCGUCGAGCAGAAAUUGGACCUGAGUGAUGCGGAUGCGUUUGGCGACUUCGCGAAGGCAGUGAUGCUGAACGAGGAGAUUCACCUGAACAUCUACGGAAAACCCGAGUUGAAGCAGGGAAGCUUGCCUACGAUCACCGUCACGUAUAACAAGACCGUCACAAUGAAGGGUCUCAAUAAACUGGCCGGAUUCAAGCUGCUCGAUUUCCACGUCGGAAAGGCGGACUCGGAUGGCAACAACGGGCACGGCAAAGUGUCGAUCCCCAAUCCGUCCGUGAUGACCAUCACUAUGGGCAACGUUACUCUCGAUCUGUCGGUGGAAGGCACCAACAUCGGCCAGUCUUUCCUGAACGAUUUGGUAAUUCGGCCGGGGAACAACACCCUCGAUAUGAAGGCCAACGUAAGCUCUUCAAAGGUGGCCAAAUUCUUGCCGAAGUACAAGGACAAUAUCGUUCCCGUCGACAUCACCGGCAACUCCAGCGUGUAUCAUGGAAAGGACCUGCCAUACUUUGCUGCGGCCUUGGCGGCGAACAAACUGACCGUCGAUUUGAAUGUGCUGGAAGCAUUGUCCUAA